GUGUUUAACUUAACUAACUCAUCAUCAUGGCCGGAACUCAAUUGCUCCCUAAAGAAUACGGAUACGUUGCUAUCGUUCUUGUCUUUUACUGUUUUCUGAAUUUCUGGAUGACCUUCCAAGUCGGCAAAGCCCGCAAAAAAUAUAACGUUCCUUAUCCGACCCUGUAUGCUAUAGAAUCUGAAAACAAAGAGGCAAAGUUGUUUAACUGUGUUCAGAGAGGACAUCAGAACUCUUUGGAAUUUAUGCCUAUGUUCUUCAUGCUGAUGAUUUUGGGAGGAAUUAGUCAUCCUUGUAUAUGUGCUGCACUUGGCUUCCUUUAUAUUGUUACUCGUUUUUUCUAUUUCAAAGGUUAUGCAACCGGUGAUCCUCAAAAGCGCCUCACUAUUGGGAAAUAUGGAUUUCUUGUUAUAAUGGGGCUUAUGGUAUGCACAAUUUCGUUUGGGAUACAGCAGCUUCGCGGAUAAACCUCUGCACCUCUGCGGUUAUUAAUCUUUAAUAUCCCAUGACUUGCCAUCUCCAUAUAUAUCCUCUUUUUAUAAAUAUAUCUUUUGUUUUUAGGUGGCAAAGACUGCAGUUUUAUGUUCUACGUUAUACUAGAAUUAUAAAUCUGAAAGAUAGUUGAAUGAUAAGGUUU